AUGUGUCUGUGCUCGUUCAACCUCCAGCCGUUUCUGCCGCAAUGGGCGUCUAGGUGCAAUCACGCGGAGACGCGCAAGCUCGGGACCGUCAAGUCCUCGCGAUCUCGACGCAAGGUGCGUGUUUGCCACAACAAGCGCGCGUGGAGAGACAGCCUCAUCUACUCCAAUCUGGUGUAUGCGCUGGCAGCGAUCAUUUCAUUCAGCUGUGACCAGCACUUCUGUGGUGUACUGCAGAUGGGCGCGGCCAUCGCGUCCACCAUGUUCCACCGCUCCAAGGAGACCAAGUAUCUGCUACUGGAUGCACUCAUCAGUGGUACGCUGGGUCUUAUCUUUGUGUUUACCGGACAGCGCACGCUAUCUAACGCGUGGUACGGUAUCCUGGCUGUGAAGGUGCUGCUGGCCUCGCUCUGCGCCUUCACGUGGCUCUAUUGUGGCUUACCCGGCGGCGAGCGCUACGACAAGUGGCACAAUCGGUGGCACUACGUGUCGGGCGCAACAACGAUUUCAACGACGUUGUUUCUGACCAUGUACCUGCCAGAGUUUGACGUGCUUGUGCACGAGCUCACUCAUGACCUCAUUCAAAAUGUAAUGAUUGUCAGUAGCAUGUGUAUCUAA